AUUGAUUUGAACUAAUUCCUACAACAAAAUCGUUCUACUUUUUCAACUUCACAAUUAUAUUUAAUAGAUAAAAUGUAAACAGAUGCACACAAAUAGCUUUAGAAAGUAGACAGAGGAAAAGGAGUUCACCUCUUUGUAUCAAAUGUUAAUGAAAGAUUUUAUGGUAGAGAUAGAGGAGAAGGAAAUGCAGUUACUGCCAAGAAUUCAUUGGAAUUUCAAAAUAUCAUUAAUGGCAGCCAAAAAGGGAAAAGUAUCCCUGUUCGAUGGAGUAUUUCUUAUGUAUGAAAUAUGAAAUUGUGACAUUUUAUCUUUGCAAACCUUUGAUCAAGUGAACUAAAGCAAUAAUUUGUGGAUGUCUUCUAUCGCAUCCAAAUUUCUCUGCCUAAUUAAAGAAACAAUUGGGUUGAGUACAAUCAUUUCUAUACCGUGGUCUAAACGAUACCUAAAAUAGAGUUGGAGGAGAUCAUACCCUCAAUAGAAAAGUGUAGAUUUAGGAGCAAGUGUUUUUAUGAAUGAAGAGUUCAGAUUAGGAUUUUAGUAAAAAGUUACAAGAUUUUUGUACCAAAAAGAAAUAUGAUAAGAUAUCUCAAUGUAAAUUGAAAAAUCUUAUUCAAUCAACAUUCUAAUGAAUGUAAUUAUCUUAUGACGUAGACAUAAAAUAUUAAAAUAGAGAUUUUAUUAUUAAAACAUUGAUUAUGUUGUUAUAGCUAAAACAACUAACAGUGACACUUUAUACACAAAUGUAGCGGCUGACAGUUUAGAAGCGAGUUUUAAUUGAUUGAUAGGAAUUUUGUUUGAAUGCGUUUAAUGAAAAUUUGUAUAUUCAAACAUUCCUCUCCAAUCAGAAUCAUUUUUGCAAAUUUAGAAUGCAGACAGAUGAUAAGUAUUAUCAAUCCUCAGAAAAUCAUUUAAAACUAUGCUGUGUAGGAAAAUAUUCUCUCUGCAUUCAAUUUUUCAUUUAUUCAUCAUUUUAUCUAGUUCAAAGAUUAUAAAUAAUUGAUAAAUUAGAACUUCUCUCCUUCUUAAUGUUAAAACAACUCCAUGAAUAACAUAGGCAUGUAAAGUAUUAAUAAUAUGAAAUAUUCAAUUUGCUACUUUGCCUAUUGGAUUGGAUAUUUAAAUAGUGAAAAAUAUUUUGAACAGGAUGGGUACAAGGUAGAGUUAAUAUAAAGUGGACGACAGGAAUAUGUGGACACUGUAAAUUUUGAACAAUCAAUGAUCGGAAAUCACCUAAAACCUACUUUCAUUUUAAAUAUUGAUUGUUAGCUUGACUAGUGAUUGCUUGUGGUGACAGGCCAAAAUAUAAAAAUCAAUAUAUCAUUUGUGCUACACGAGUCGGUAAGAGUUUUUUGGCUAUAAUCUUCCAAUUUUUUUCUGGACAAAUAUGACCUUAGAAGAGUGGAUUAGAAAGACGGAAGCAAAACAAACAGAAAAUUCUUUAUUAUUCGCAAGUUCAAUAUGGGAUAUGUACAAGGAGAAUGAACAUUUAGAACUGUGGAAAAAGAUCUCUUUAGGAAUAUUUGGAGAACCUAAAAAAGACACAGACGAUUUUGGACUAUCGUCUAAUGAGAAGAAAAUAGUUGAUGAAAUAGUUAAUAAAUGCAUUGAAUAUUCAAAGAAAACAUUUGAGGAUGGCAACAUUUAUCUUGCUUUUCUAUAUGUAUUUGUUUACAGAGAAAAAGAAAUAGAUACAGCUGUACCCGUUAUCAGAAUACGUUCUUCAAAAGAAGAAAAUACCUAUAAGGUGACUCAAUCAUAUUUUAUUGAUCAUGUUGGUAGAGUGUACCAAAAUUGGAUGCAUUACUUGGAUACAAACAUAUGGAGCAUGUGCUGGAUUUGUGUCCCAAAUGACGCUGUCUAUCUUGAUAGAAAAAAUUAUCCAUACCCUGAUUAUAGACCAGUUCACUUUCUUGACCAAAGUACAAGGGGGAAGCCUUCCAAUAUUGUUGAUAAAGUCAGCACAAGUAUAGGCAUGGGAUCUAUUCUUACAAUGGUUGCUGGAGCAGGAUUAACUCUUUUCCCACUAACUCAAGCUGUUGGUGGUUCACUUCUGCUAGGAAGUGCAAUUGCAGGAACUCCUACAGCAGUCUAUUCUACAGGACGAAGUAUUGAAACAAUAAUCGAUAGACACCAGCACAAGAAGUCAAUUAAUUUAACUGACCAAGAAGCUAGACAAUGUUGGUUGAGCAUAGUCACUUCUGGUGUUAGUAUUUUAGCUUUUGGUGUUGGUAGAUUUUUAUCAUAUACUGCCAGAACUGGACUUAUCUUAAAUAGAUCAACACGAAUAAUUUCUAAUUCAAUUAAUAUAUCCAACAUAUCGACAAGUGGAAUUGCUAUCCUUAGUCAUGCUAUAGAAUUGAAAGAUAAAGAGCAAAUCACUCCUUUGGAUUAUCUUCAAUUUUCAACAAAUGUAUUUUUUUUUACACAUUCCAUUAUUACUUUUCAAACGGCGUCUGCUAUUAUCAAAGACGCUCAAAAGGAAUAUAUAAAUCAGAUGAGGAAGACAAAAUUCGCGAAACAUGGCAGAAAAUUUAAUGCUCUUCGACGAAAAAUGAGGGGUACAGCAGAUGUUCGAAAUGCAAAAUUCAUUAGAACUAUAAAUAGAAUUGAAAAUCCUGAUCAGUUUAUGAAGGCAUUUUCCAUUAGGCCCAAUUACAAAUCAGGAAAGAAUAAUAAUAAAUUCAAAUUGAAUCCAAUAACAAAAAAAGGAAAUAGGAAUAUUGUUAAAAAUAAUACAUCUGCUAUCAGAAAAGCUCAAUUAAGAGUAAAGAGAUCAGUAAAAAAACACAAACAAAAUUCAUAUACAAAACAAAAAAUUAUACAGCAAAAUGUAAGCAAAACUGGUAGUUAUAUAGCAAAAAGCAACAGUAAAAUUUUUUCAAAUUCAAAUAGAAAGAAUCCAAAUAAAAAUAUUGCAGUAAAUACAAAAACAAUUUCUGCAAUAAAUCAUAAAAAUUCCAACUUUAAUUUUAAAAGUAAUAUCAAUUUCUUAAAAGUACUCAGAAGUAAAGUUUUGCAUAAUAUGAAACCUGGGGAAUUAUAUUGUCUGAGCCUAAAAUUAGACUGCAUUUGUAAUAAUCUAACAAAAUUUGGCUUUGAUUUCAUUCUAAAACUUGCUAUGAAAAGUGAAAGCCAAAAUACAAGGCAAUUCUCUAAAGUAAUAUCAUACAGUUAUGACAUUUUGAAAAAAAUAGUAUAUAUUAUAAAAAGAAAUGGAAAAGCGGAUAAAAUUGAUUCUACAGAAUAUUUUAGUAAAUUAGCUAUUGGUGUCUUUAAAGAACUUCGUAUAGAUGAGAAAAUAUUGGAACUUUGUAGAAAGGACACGGAUAGAGAACAUAUAUCUUUUAGUCAGGAUGUGAAUUGCGAAACUACUGAAGAAGAGAUUGAUACAUCUCAUUGGCCACAAGAUGGAGAGGAUGUUGAAUAUGGAAAAUCAUUUAAAGUAAUGAGUUGUUAUAUAUAUUAUGAUGCUAAAAAUGUUAAAUUAAAAAUUUAUUGUAGAGUUAAAAACUAAAAUCUUUUUAAAUUUGUUGGGCUGGUUGUCGCCUUUUUAAAGUUGUAGAAUAUACUAUUUGCCAAAAGUAUCCAAAAUAUUUCAUUUAAUGUAAAUAAUUGAUCUAACAGAUUAUUCAGAUUGGUUUCUCUUUUUUCAAGCUGAUCCCAUAAAUUAAAAAUAUUGUUAAGGGUUGUAGACAUUUUCAUCAAUUCCCACUGCUCUAUCUAAUCUUGUGUGCUAACUCUCAACAUUAUUGUUUAUUCUGACAAUUUUCUCUUUUGUAGACAUUUUCUGUUUGUUUGUGAACUUUUCUGUUUAUUAAAUUCAAUUUAUCAAAAUAAAUAUUUUUGAAGAAAUAAUAAAAAAG